AUGGUCGUCGGCUUAAAGGAAGCGCUGUUGCGUGAGCCGGGCUCGUCCAAGUUCAAGGCCGAAAUGUGGAACCUGUGGAGAGAUGACGCCGACCAGUGGAGAGAGUCCGUACAGCGGAGCCUCACCACCCUGUUUCCUGAGACUCAUGUUACUGCCUGGUCGCCAGUAGAUAACGUCCUACAUCUGUUGAAUGACAACACGCCAACAGUGAAGGAACGAGCAGGAGUCUGUCCACGACGGCUGUACCAUGGUCUGCCUAAAAUUGGUGGUAGUAGAUGUGUUUCUAUCUCAUCGGUUGGCUCCUGA